AUGCCUGUGACAAAGAGUGCCGGGGGCCCCCAGGGCACUGUUGACCUCAAACUGGACCUCAGGUCCCCUCCCAAAAGUGCCAAGAAGCUGCAAAACAAGGACUCCAGUUUCUGGGAUGGACCCCCUUCCGAGUCACCAGGCUUAGAGAAGACCAAGGGCAUAACAGCGUUCCAGACCUUGGUUCACCUGGUGAAAGGCAACAUGGGUACAGGGAUCCUCGGGCUACCCCUGGCUGUGAAGAAUGCGGGCAUCCUGAUGGGCCCGCUCAGUUUGCUGGCCAUGGGCUUCAUCGCUUGCCACUGUAUGCACAUCCUGGUCAGGUGUGCCCAGCGCUUCUGCCACAGGCUUAACAAGCCCUUCAUGGAUUAUGGCGACACGGUGAUGCACGGCCUGGAAGCCAGCCCCAGUGCCUGCCUCCAGACCCAUGCCCACUGGGGAAGGAAUAUCGUGAGCUUCUUCCUUAUAGUCACCCAGCUGGGCUUCUGCUGUGUGUACAUUGUGUUUCUGGCUGAUAAUUUAAAACAGGUAGUGGAAGCAGUUAAUGGGACCACCAACGACUGCCAUUACAACGAGACAGUGUUUCUCACGCCCACCAUGGACUCGCGACUCUACAUGCUCUCCUUCCUGCCCUUCCUGGUGCUGCUGGUCCUCAUCCGGAACCUCCGGGUCUUGACCAUCUUCUCUUUGUUGGCCAACAUCAGUAUGCUGGUUAGCUUGAUCAUCAUCACCCAGUACAUCGUCCAGGAAAUUCCAGACCCCAGCCGGUUGCCACUGAUAGCAAGUUGGAAGACCUACCCUCUUUUCUUUGGAACAGCCAUUUUUUCAUUUGAAAGCAUUGGUGUGGUUCUGCCCCUGGAAAACAAGAUGAAGGAUGCCCGCCGCUUCCCAGCCAUCCUGUCUCUGGGAAUGUCCAUCAUCACUGCCUUGUACAUCGGCAUCGGGUCUCUGGGUUACCUGCGGUUUGGAAAUGACAUCAAGGCCAGCAUAACCCUUAACCUACCCAACUGCUGGCUGUACCAGUCAGUCAAGCUGCUGUACGUCGUUGGGAUCCUGUGCACCUACGCCCUGCAGUUUUAUGUCCCUGCAGAAAUCAUCAUCCCCUUUGCCACCUCGCAGGUAUCAAAGCGCUGGGCGCUGCCUCUGGACUUGUCUAUCCGCCUCGCCAUGGUCUGCCUGACAUGUACCUUGGCCAUCCUCAUUCCCCGCCUGGACCUGGUCCUCUCCCUGGUGGGCUCCGUGAGCAGCAGUGCCCUGGCCCUCAUCAUCCCGCCCCUCCUGGAGAUCACCACCUACUACUCGGAGGGCAUGAGCCCCCUCACCAUCGCCAAGGACGCCCUGAUCAGCAUCCUGGGCUUCGUGGGCUUUGUGGUGGGGACCUACCAGGCCCUGGACGAGCUGAUCCUCUCGGGACAACCCCUCACCUUUUCCAACUCCACCGUUUUUAUUCAGUGA